AUGGCUGCAAAGGCCAGCAGCGAUUUCUUCUACUUACAAGAACUAGAGGUCAACCGGGAGGCUCUUGAAUCUACUAACGAUCAAACCAAAAAACUACAACAAUGGGUGCUACUCGCGCAGACAAGGAGCUAUACUUCGAAAAGCUCAAGGAGCUCCUCACCAAAUAUCGUGCGUGUCUCUUUUGUUGCCCGACGUAAAUCAGCUCACCCAUCAUCUUCAGCCUCCAUUUUCGUCGUUAACGUCGACAAUGUUGGAUCGAACCAAAUGCAUCAAAUCCGUGUCGCCCUUCGCGGUAAAGGUGUCGUGCUUAUGGGCAAAAACACGAUGGUCCGGCGCGCUCUCCGUUCCAUUCUGGCAGACUCUCCUCAAUUCGAGCGUUUGCUUCCCCACGUGAAAGGAAAUAUCGGUUUCGUCUUCACUUCUGGCGAUCUGAAGGAAAUUCGCGAAAUCAUCGUAGCCAACAAAGUGGCUGCCCCUGCGCGUGCUGGUGCUUACGCGCCGAAGGAUGUUACUGUCCCCGCCGGUAACACCGGUAUGGAGCCCGGCAAAACCUCCUUCUUCCAAGCUCUUGGUAUCCCAACCAAGAUUGCUCGUGGAACUAUUGAAAUCGUUUCCGAUGUCAAGGUCGUCAUUGCUGGCUCUCGUGUUGGUCCUUCCGAGGCAACGCUUUUGAACAUGCUCAACAUCUCACCGUUCACCUACGGUAUGACUGUUGUCCAGAUUUUCGACAACGGCAACAGUUUCUCUCCUGACGUCCUCGAUGUUGACGAGUCUGAACUUAUCGACCGUUUCUUGUCCGGUAUCAAGACCAUCGCCGCCAUCUCCCUGGCCCUCAAGUACCCUACCCUGGUGUCGGUUACCCACUCGCUGGUCAACGCCUACAAGAACCUCAUCGCUGUUUCGCUCGCAACUGAGUACACUUUCGAGGGUUCCGAGAAGGUCAAAGAGUAUCUGGCUAACCCCGAGGCCUUUGCUGCCGUCGCUGCUGCUGCCGCCCCGGUUGCCGCUGCCGCUGUUGAGACCAAAGAAGAGAAGGUUGAGGAGGCUGCCGAAGAGUCAGACGAAGACAUGGGCUUCGGUUUGUUCGAUUGA